AUGGAAACAAAGCCUCCGGCGACGGAUAGUGCCAAAUUCAUGGCUGGAACAACAUCGGUUCGGAGAGUUAUAAAUGAAGAAGUCAUGUUAAACAAAAAAGGGUAUACUCUUGGAUUAAUGUUAGGAGAGGGGUCAUAUGCUGCCGUCUACUCAUGCCAACUGAGCAACAACAGAGGAAAGUGCGCCAUUAAAAUUAUCAACAGAAAGAAGGCUCCAAAAGAUUUUCUGGAAAAAUUUCUUCCACGAGAAAUCAAAAUUUUGAGUAAAGUACAGCACAGAAAUAUCGUCAAAUGUUUUGAAAUAUUUGAUACUGGAAAUAAGGUCUAUAUGGUGCUUGAGUUGGCCGGACAUGGUGAUAUGUUGGAAUACAUCAAGCUCAGACGAUCCUUAACCGAAGAAAAGGCGCGCUCAUUUUUUCGUCAAAUGGUGGAUGGAGUUGCUUAUCUGCAUAGCUUAAACGUAGUGCACAGGGAUUUGAAAUGUGAAAACAUUUUGCUGGAUGCAGCGAACACCAUUAAAAUAUCUGACUUUGGUUUCGCACGCUUCAUGGAGCCGCAAGAUCUCAGCAAGACUUACUGUGGCAGUGCGGCCUAUGCUGCUCCAGAAAUAUUAAAAGGAAACAUGUAUAAUGGUAAGGCAUACGAUGUAUGGAGUUUGGGGAUUAUUCUAUACAUCAUGGUAUGCGGGACAAUGCCUUUUGAUGAUUCUAAUAUCAAACGGAUGAUUAAAGACCAAAUGGAUCAGAGACUCUGCUUCACGAAAAAGAAAGAACUUACCUUACUCUUUAAAGAUAUCAUUCUGGCUGUUCUCCAACCUGCUGCAGAAAGGAGACUGAAAGUGAAUGACAUUCUUAACCAUCCAUGGAUGCAAGAUGGAUGUAACUUCAAGCCAGUUACAACUCCAAACUUUGCGACUACAUCACGCUCAUCUUCAAACCGCCGUAGUCCACCUGCACAUCCUCCUACCCCAACCCCUGCAACCAGCAAUCUGGUAGAAAGUAAUCGUGUGAGCGGUAACAACAAUGCUACUACGAGGUCAACUCCACCGCUACGUGAAGACCGAUCUACCGAAUCGACCAGCCGUUUUACGCAGAAUUUGACUCGACGCAGCAAGAAGAUUGAACCGGGGACAUCAGCUGUAGCGUCUGCAAGUCAAGAUAGCAUGCAUUCACCAAUGCCUUCAAGAACUGCUGAUGUUGGUCGGAAUACUCCUAGAGAUGGUCAUCGAGAAAGAACAAGGCCACCCACAGCAACCAGAUAUACUAGAAAUGCACCUUGA